UGAAAAAUGGAAUACGACCAGCGAUUCGACCACUUACGGCAGAUGCGCCUGCCGUGAGAACAACCCUUGCUCGCCACACGCCACACACAGCACGCCAAACAAUAGGAAUAUAAUUAGAGCACCUUCGUGCAGCACCAGGGGUUGUCUACUACCGUGACUUGCUUUCUGCGCCGUACUUCUCUCCACGGAGCCACCGGUGCGCACCACGAUGGAUGACAUUUUUGGCAAGAAAAAGGAGGUGGUUCCGAUACUGGACCUCUCGAAGUCAACGGCCACGUCACGCGAAGAGUUCAAGCGGAUGAUCGAGAAGGUGCCGGACUACAAGAUUCGUCCGAUUAAGGUGCGCGCGGACGAGAUCCGGUUCAAGGAGAAGGAGUACGGCUUCAAGAUGCCCAAGAAGGAGCUAAGGAUGCUCAUGAAGAACGGUGGCGAGCGGGACAAGCUGUACACGUACAUGGACCCAAUCCCGGGCGAGAUGCGCAACCUGGUGAUCAUGGAACUGUGCAGUGUACCGAUCGACUGGAAGAUGCUGACCAGUCAGCGGCCGAAGACGAAGGUCGAGGAGGACUACUUCAGCAAACUGGUCGAGCUCGGGAAGUUACAGAUAAAAACGAUCCAACGGGACAAGCGAGAGAAUUUGCUGGCCACCUCCAUCCGCAAGGUGAAGAACCGCUCCGGGAUCAUCGAGUCGCGUGUCUUCACCUGCAACGAGUGUUUGGAGGAGUUCUGCAACGGGAAAACCUGUGCCGACUUCAACUACGACCUCUACACGCGCAUCGUACCGAAGGUGCCACUGCUAAAGACCAGCUCCCAGCAGCAGCUGGCAUUGACCGGUGGUGCUGGCGGUGCGGCGGGUGCUGGUGCUGGCCGGAUGCUUGGCGAUAUCAAUCAAAAAAGCGUCGACAGCAACUCCGGAGGGGGAGGCAGUACCGGCGGUGGGAAAAAAGGUCGCAAAGGGGCCCGCAAGAAGUCCAAAUCGAAGGCGAAAUCCGUCGAGGCGGAUGACGAUGGCAAUCAGAGCUCCGGCGGCGGUGCUGCUAAUGGUGGCGCGACGGCCUCCGGUGGUGGCCCCAGUGGCGGGAAGAAGAAGAGUAGAAGGUCUUCAAAGUCCAAGUCGAUGGAAAAAUAAUGCGACACUUUCGAAAAGCGCUCGUUCCCAUGCGCCGCUCGGGGCACGACCUUUGCUUGGCACAAUCAGUUGUUAGGAAAAUCGAAAUAAA